AUGGAGCUGAGUCUGGAGAGCCUCGGGGGGCUGCACGGCGUGGCCCACGCGCAGGCGGGCGAGCUGCUGAGCCCCGGCCACGCGCGCCCCACCGCGGCUCAGCACCGGAGCCUGGUGGCGCCCGGACGCCCGGGCCUGGUGGCUAGCAUGGCCAGCCUGCUGGACGGCGGCGGUGGCGGCGCGGGUGCCGGGGGCGCAGGCGGCGCGAGCGGCGCGGGGGGCGGCGCGGACUUCCGCGGGGAGCUGGCGGGCCCGCUGCACCCGGCCAUGGGCAUGGCCUGCGAGGCGCCCGGCCUGGGCGGCACCUACACGACACUCACGCCCCUCCAGCACCUGCCGCCGCUCGCUGCCGUGGCCGACAAGUUCCACCAGCACGCUGCUGCCGCGGCGGUGGCCGGAGCGCACGGCGGCCACCCGCACGCGCACCCACACCCCGCGGCCGCGCCGCCCCCGCCGCCCCCGCCGCAGCGCCUGGCCGCCAGCGUGAGCGGCAGCUUCACCCUCAUGCGUGACGAGCGUGCGGCGCUUGCCUCUGUGGGCCACCUCUACGGGCCCUACGGCAAGGAGCUGCCGGCCAUGGGGUCACCGCUGUCGCCCCUGCCAAACGCGCUGCCGCCCGCUCUGCACAGCGCCCCGCAGCCUCCGCCGCCUCCGCCCCCGCCGCCGCUGGCCGCCUACGGGGCGCCGGGCCACCUGGCUGGGGACAAGCUGCUGCCGCCCGCCGCCUUCGAGCCGCACGCCGCGCUGCUGGGGCGCGCGGAAGACGCGCUGGCCCGAGGGCUGCCUGGAGGCGGCGGGCGCAUCACCGCGGAGCUGAAGCGCUACAGCAUCCCGCAGGCCAUCUUCGCGCAGCGCAUCCUGUGCCGCUCGCAGGGCACCCUCUCCGACCUGCUGCGCAACCCCAAGCCCUGGAGCAAGCUGAAGUCCGGCCGCGAGACCUUCCGCAGGAUGUGGAAAUGGCUCCAGGAGCCUGAGUUCCAGCGCAUGUCCGCGCUGCGCCUCGCAGCGUGCAAGCGGAAGGAGCAGGAACAGCAGAAGGAGCGGGCCCUGCAGCCCAAGAAGCAGCGCCUGGUGUUCACCGACCUGCAGCGCCGCACGCUCAUCGCCAUCUUCAAGGAGAACAAGCGGCCGUCCAAGGAGAUGCAGGUGACCAUCUCGCAGCAGCUGGGGCUGGAGCUCAACACCGUCAGCAACUUCUUCAUGAACGCGCGGCGCCGCUGCAUGAACCGCUGGGCCGAGGAGCCGGGCGCCGCCAGCGCUGGGGGCCCCACGGGCGUCACCGCCACCUUCUCCAAGGCCUGAGCGCCCACCAGGGAGGGGACCGCACACCCCAGCCCAGUGCACAACGGGGGGCCCCUCCCCGGACCCCAUCCCAGGCCAAAAGAAGCCCCCUGUGGCGGCGGGGCCGGAAAAGGGGUUCCCAGCCCCCUCUCCAUUCAGGACGCCCAGGGGGCCCCUAGGAAAUCCGGGGCUCACUGUGUGGUCCCCUAAAGCGGGUCAAAAAGCACAUACUAGAAAUAUAAACCGGGUAUUUAAGGGAAAAAAGGAAUUUUAAGAAUAACCCUCUUCCUCCUCCGGACACCCCCCACCCCAGGGGAGGCACGGGGGCUGCGGGAGGUCUCCCCCCACCCGCGCAUCCUUUGUCCCCUUCCCCAGGAACUCGCCCCCUUCUGAGUCGCCAAAACCCACGUCAAGCUGGAUCCUCGCGGCGCCCCCUCCCACCCAACACCACCCUUCUGCUGGCGGGACCCCCCAGCCGAGACCCCAGCUGCCCCUCCGAGAGGCCAGGAUCCCUCGUGCCAAGAUUUGCCUGCCUUAAUGCCUGGGAAGGGGGCCUGCGGGGACAGCGCCCUUGUCCCCCCCACCGACCUGGGUGUGGCCGGCUCCAACAUGCGGGUAAAUUCCAGAUGCCCCCCCCCGCCCCCAGCACCCCUUGGUUUAGUCCACUUUACCUGUUGGCACCUUGAUGAACCACACACAGGGAAAGACGCAUCCCAGGAACCAGAAGAUGACGCCAGAGUCCACAAGAGGGAGCCGCACAGGAGUCCCUGCGGGGUGCACACCAGGGGACCCCCAACUCACCGCCCCUCCUCCUCGUGGGUUGCAGAACUGGUCCCCCAUGCCCUGCAGGGGUCAGCAGCUGGGGGUGAACCUUAACUUUGUCACAUCUCUCUCCCAGGAGAGAAAGAAGAUGUUGAAGAACUUGGAAUCUGCUUGCUCUGUGUUUUGCCAAAAAGAAAAAAAAAUUUGUUUUUUAUAAAGAGGAGGGGUCGGAAAUGAAGGGAAGCACCUCACCCCCACCCCACCGCACUCACCUCUUCUAUCUGACCUUCAAGACUGGAUUUCCCAAGACUUGCCUUCCUGCGGUUCAAAAUCCAGAGGCUGGAAGGAGCCCCCCCUCCUCAAAACCCCCAAACCCUGACUCCCUCGGCUGCCUCCCAGGGAGGGGGCCCCACCUCUCCUGGAGAAUGCAAAAGACGUUUCUAGUGAACCCCCUUCCCCGGGUAAAGGCUACCUCACUCAAUGCUCACGUUCGUGAUUGGAAAAUCACGUCUGAUACCAAAGAUUCUCCCCAGGACUUGUGCUGGACAUAGGGUCCCCUCCCCCUCCAGCCUAGUGUCCCCUUCUGUCCCCCCCCCAGAGGACGAGAGAGAGA